GAAUAUUUUCAGCAGUCGGUUUGGUUGCUCAUCGUGUUGGCUGGGGGAUGUCUGAAUAAAGCGUAACAGAAAGUUGGAGGGUGUGUUUUUAGAAGAAGGGUAUAAAUUAACCAAAAGUAAUAUUGUUUUGUUUAAUCAGAUAGUUUAUCCACUUUCCGCAUUUUGGGAAGCAGCCAGGGGCUUCAGAAGCCGUUUCCUCAAACACGUUUUCAAGAGAGAAGGGGUUCAGGAAGCGCUGGCCAGGAUGUCCCAGUGGAACCAGUUGCAGCAGCUGGACCCCAGGUACCUGGAGCAGCUCUACCACCUGUACAGCGACAGCUUCCCCAUGGAGCUACGACAGUUCUUGGCCCCCUGGAUUGAGAGCCAGGACUGGGCCUAUGCUGCCAACAAGGAGUCCCACGCCACACUGGUAUUCCACAACCUCCUGGGGGAGAUGGACCAGCAGUAUAGCCGCUUCCUGCAGGAGAACAACGUCCUUUACCAGCACAACCUAAGGCGGAUCAAGCAGCACCUGCAGAGCAAGUACCUGGAGAAGCCCAUGGAGAUCGCCCGCAUCGUGGCGCGCUGCCUGUGGGAGGAACAGAGGCUCCUGCAGUCAGCCACUACUGCCACGCAGGACGGGCAGGCGGCCCACCCCUCAGGGACAGUGGUGACAGAGAAGCAGCAGAUGCUGGAGCACAACCUGCAGGAUGUGAGGAAGAGGGUGCAGGACAUGGAGCAGAAGAUGAAGAUGCUGGAGAACCUCCAGGAUGACUUUGAUUUCAACUACAAGACGCUGAAAAGCCAAGGAGAGCUCUCCCAGGACCUGAAUGGAAACAGCCAGGCAGCGGCCACCAGGCAGAAGAUGGCCCAGCUGGAGCAGAUGCUCACUGCCUUGGACCAGCUCAGAAGGCAAAUCGUGACCGAAAUGGCAGGACUUCUGUCGGCCAUGGACUUUGUGCAGAAGAACCUGACAGAGGAUGAGUUGGCUGAAUGGAGGCGGAGGCAGCAGAUCGCCUGCAUUGGAGGAACCCCCAAUAUCUGCCUGGACCGUCUGGAGACUUGGAUCACAUCUCUGGCCGAGUCCCAGCUGCAGAUCCGCCAGCAGAUCAAGAAGCUGGAGGAGCUGCAGCAGAAGGUAUCCUACAAGGGGGACCCCAUUAUCCAGCACCGGCCAGCCCUGGAGGAGAAGAUUGUGGCCAUUUUUAGGAGCCUCAUGAAGAGCGCCUUUGUGGUAGAGCGCCAGCCUUGUAUGCCUAUGCAUCCGGACAGGCCUCUGGUCAUCAAAACAGGGGUGCAGUUUACCACCAAAGUCAGGUUACUGGUGAAAUUUCAGGAACUGAAUUAUCAACUGAAAAUCAAAGUGUGCAUUGACAAGGAAUCGGGGGAUAUUGCAGCACCGAGAGGGUCCCGCAAGUUUAACAUCCUGGGUACCAACACCAAAGUGAUGAACAUGGAGGAGUCCAACAAUGGGAGUCUGUCUGCGGAGUUCAAACACCUGACCCUGAGGGAGCAGAGGUGUGGGAAUGGAGGCAGGACCAACAGUGAUGCCUCUUUGAUCGUGACAGAGGAACUCCACCUCAUCACCUUUGAGACGGAGGUCUACCAUCAAGGCCUAAAGAUUGACUUGGAGACACACUCCCUGCCUGUGGUUGUGAUCUCCAACAUUUGUCAGAUGCCAAAUGCAUGGGCCUCUAUCCUGUGGUACAAUAUGCUCACCAACCAUCCCAAGAAUGUCAACUUCUUCACCAAGCCACCAGUGGGCACAUGGGACCAGGUGGCUGAGGUGCUGAGCUGGCAGUUCUCUUCCACCACGAAGAGGGGGCUGACAAUCGAUCAGCUGACCACGCUGGCUGAGAAACUGCUGGGUCCAUGUGUAAACUACUCUGGAUGCCAGAUCACCUGGGCCAAGUUCUGCAAAGAGAACAUGGCUGGCAAAGGCUUCUCUUUCUGGGUGUGGCUGGAUAACAUCAUUGAUCUGGUGAAGAAGUACAUCCUGGCACUGUGGAAUGAAGGGUUCAUCAUGGGCUUCAUCAGCAAGGAGAGGGAGAGGGCCAUCCUGAGCCCCAAGCCCCCGGGGACCUUCCUGCUGCGCUUCAGCGAGAGCAGCAAGGAGGGCGGCAUCACCUUCACCUGGGUGGAGAAGGACAUCAAUGGUAAAACUCAGAUACAGUCAGUGGAGCCAUACACCAAGCAGCAGCUCAGCAAUAUGUCCUUUGCCGAGAUUAUUAUGGGCUACAAGAUAAUGGACGCCACCAACAUCCUGGUCUCGCCACUGGUCUACCUCUUCCCAGAGAUCCCUAAGGAGGAGGCUUUUGGGAAGUACUGCCGGGCUGAAGCCAGUGAUCCUGACUCCACUGACCCAGGUAGUGCUGCGCCUUACCUGAAGACAAAGUUCAUCUGCGUCACGCCGUGCCCCUCAGUGUUCAUGGACAUGCCGGACAGCGAGCUGCUAGUGAAUGGAUUCCCAGGCACCAACUCUGGCAACACCAGCGAUCUGUUUACUAUGUCCCCUCGAACCCUGGACUCUCUGAUGCCUGAUGAAGGGGCAGAAGCCAACCCUGGCGGCUUGGAAUCCCUCACGCUAGACAUGGAGUACAGCUCGGACAUGGCUUCGCCCCAGUGAGCAGGAUUUGAUCCAGCGAGAGGGCCAUAGUGACGACAUGCACACCAGUCUGAUCUCCCUUCAGCCAGUCACACCUCAUACUGGUCGCCAUUACUGCCAAACACUCAACAUCUGUGAUAUGCCUUUCCAUCUUGUUAUUCAGAAAAGCCCCUAAAGGGGCAUGAACUUGGAUAUUUCAUGGUCAUUUUUUGUGUUCAACAGUGAGGAAUGUCACUGUUAUAUCAUGUUGUUUUUCUGGAAAAUACUGGUCUGCCUAUAAGGUGGGUAGGUUGUCAAAGGAAAGACUACAAGAGGCUAACCACAGUCACAACUAAUUGAUCACAGAGUUUUAUUUUUGAUAUUGUACACAAAACGCCACUGUAAUCUUGAAGCAUAAAGGCUUAAACCCUGGGGGAAAUGAUACAAUGGAUGUUCCAUAACAUUUAUAAAGCAGGCUUGACUAUAAUGUAUGUGUGCUUGAAAUAUCCAACUUGGCACUUACAGUGGUGUUCAAGCGCAGAUACUAACUGACCCUUUUCCAGAAAACUAAACUCAAUAUGCCAUAAGGUUUGCUAGUUACAUGAUAACUGUAUUGUAAGCUACAGAUAAUUUUUGAAGAACAGCCUAGGGAGACAUUUAAACCAGUAUGAGCGCUGCAGGAAUAGUUGUGUAAGCUAGUUAUUGUGGAAAAUGCAUACUUUCUCCAGUAUAUAUUCUGUCAUGGCCGCUUUCUUCAGUGCCUUUCUUUUUAGUCUACCCUGUCUUACCUUGUUUGUCACUGCACAGAUUUGUAUCAUGUGUAAAGAUUCAUGUGAGACCUUUGCUUCUCAGUGCCACAGCUGUUAAAGCCAUCAGGACUUGAGAGUUCGGGUUCGGCUGGUGAAUAAUGGAAUGGUUAUAUCACAUUUGCAGACAGCUCUGCUGUAUUUUAAAUAUCAGCUGAACAAGUGAAAAGGUUCAUCAAAUGAAUAAGAGGAAAAUUGUUGGCUGCCUAUAUGAACAACAAUCGUGUGUAGAGCUCACUUCCCAUUGCUUGUCGUGUAUAUUUUCCAUUUGUAGUAUCAGUAGAAUGAACACCUUUUUAUCUGUCCUUCCUCAAAAUGGGCACAGUGCCAUGGUUCCUUCCUUUUUCUGAAACAAAUUCUAUGGCAAAAGGUUCGUGGCUUGGUUUAUAGAUAAAACGUCACUCAUGCAUUCGGCAUUUUACAGCAUAUGUUUAUGUGGUUAUACUUUAAAUGUUUGUUGUUUGACUCUCAGCUUGUUUCAAACAGUUGUUGAAGCUGAUGAAUAAGGAGGAGUUUCACGAAGUGUCAUUGUGUCACGUACAGCAGCAUGCAUGGAUCAUGACUUUAGAAGUUCUUUCUUUGUUUUGGCACUUAAGGGGAUGGUGUCAGUGACUUUUUUUAAACCUUUACCCUGAAUGUAUUUUUAGGGGUGCUUCAUCUUUGCUUUUAAAUCAAGUAACUGAUGAUUUUUACCUGUACCACUCCCCUUUUGUCUCUGCUGUAACCACUGUAGCAUAAGGAAUACUGGAUCUGGCUGAAUUGAUACAGAUAUAUUAGCUGAUUCUCUUGAUAUUACAGUAGUCUGGGAGAUUGAGGCUGAUCUCCCAACAGAAAGAUGCUGUGGGUCUGGACUCUCAUCCCAGGCCUGAUGUAAACUCUAGUUAGUGCAAAGGAGUUAAACAGCAGGUAUAUUAUUACAUUUCUGGGUAUCAGGGAUGAGUUAUAUUCUUAAAGCUAACCAUAGGAAAACUAUUGAGUCCUACCAUUUGCUGCUUUUAAAGCUUGUAUUUCUGUGC